AUGGCUUCCCAGUUCCUACGACUCGUCAACCGCCCACUGCUCCUCUCAGUGCCCUUAACCGCUACGUUUUUCAUGCUUCGCCCCCAUCCUGCCUCUACAAUCCGCUGCGAUUACGCUCCGCGGGUCCCUGGCCAGCCAUCCUGGUACAACCGGCCAUCUCUGCUGGAGGGCGACGGCCCGUUCCGCAACAUCAGUCCGCAAACGGUCCGGCAAAUUAGCUUGGGUAGUGUUCUGGGAUUAGUUGCAGGCGUCGGGUUGAGAAUAUUCUCGAGAACGUUGACGUUCACUUUGGGUGUUGCUAUAUUGUUAAUUGAGUGGGCAGCAUCGAAAGGGUACAACAUUGUUCCCACCCAAUUCCUUCAACGUUACGUGAAAUCAGUCGAUGUUCGAAGAGCGAUUACCAAGAACCUAGCUUUCAAGGCAAGCUUUGGAACCACAUUGAUGCUCUCUGCGUUUUCAGAGUUUUGA